AUGGAUGGAAAGACGUACGUGGAGGUUCAUAGAAUCCACGUCCAGAAGGUUCUUACUCUAUUGCGAGAGCACAAGUUGUUUGCGAACCUCAAGAAGUGUAUAUUCGCAGCGAACGAAAUACCACUUCUUGGCUGCAUCGUGGGUAAAGACGGUGUACGCCCUGAUCCGGAAAAGAUGAAGGCGAUUAGCGACUGGCCUGUUCCAGUCGACGUCAAGGGACUUCGAAAUUUCUUUGGCUUGGCUGCAUACUUGCACAAAUACUCGCGCAACUAUGCCGAGAUGGCCGUACAUCUCUCUCGUCUGCUAAAGAAACGAGAGGUGGUCAUGGAGCGCUGA